GAUUGACUGUCCAGUUGGAGAAAGACAAGAGUUUGAGGUUGUUAUGUUACCAGGCGCCAGAUCAGCUGUUGUGCUCGUGGAUUCUUUGUGGGAUCAUUCAGAGAAGACAUUUAUGAACCAUGUUGGAUCCUUCAACUAUUCAUGCAUUGACAUAAAAUAUAAGCAAAAUCAUGCUCAGGAUCCGGCUGAAUCUAGUUUAAUUGCUGUACGGUGUCAGGAUUCUAGAAUUAUUUCCGUACAGGACGAGAAUACCAUUAUACUUCACCCUACCCUUCACCAUACCAUUAGAAAAUGCUGUGGACCUGAUGAAGAGUUGAAUAUAGAAACUGGAACUUGUGCUAAACAAACUACUAGGAAUAAAUUCUGGUUCCCGCCUAGACUAAUUCAUUCAAACCAUACUCUUCAAUCAACCAGUAAUUGGAGUAUCCAGUCUUCUUAUGGAUUCUGUUCAUCAAACUAUAUCCAAAUAAUUGACAAGGUGGUACAUGUACUGAAUGAUGGUACUAUUGUACUGAAGGACGGAUCUAAGCUGGAAUAUCACUGUCUGGAUCAUGAUAAAUAUAACCAGAUCUAUGGAUAUAUCUGUAUCCCUAAAUCUGGUUGUUCCUCUACUAGCUGUGUAUCCAAGUGUUGUCCAAGCAACCAAACUUUACAAAUAGAAGGAACAGUUUCCUGUGUUAGUUCGUUAUCUGCAGAUCAUCUGUGGAGGUUCAAUACCAGUCAGGAUACAGAACCAGUCCCAGAGGGAGGAGUACAGGUUUCUUAUCAUCAUCAGUUUCUUCAACUAAACAAACUCUUCCCAAACAAGUUGGUUAACUGUAAGGAAACUGUAAAGCUGGAUGAAUUGGAUGAAUACUAUCUACUACAAAAUGGAAGUCUAUAUUUGAAGGAAUACGGGUUAACGGAAAACUACUGUGUUGAUAACAUACUGGUGGAAGGGAGAGUAGAGGAGGUUGUAAUCUACUGUAUCCAACGUAUUCUUCAAGAACAGUUAUUCAAGAAUACUUCUGAAUAUUCCUGCACCAGAGUUAGUGAGGGAAUUUUUCAAGUUAUCAACACCAUCAGCGGAGCCAUUAGUGAGGUGUUCUUGUUGAUAACAUUCCUUGUAUACAUGAGUAUACCAGAGCUCAAGAACCUACAUGGAUGUAUCGUUCUCAGUAACGUUGGGAGCAUAUUUCUGGUAACAUUGUACAUAAUAGUUGUGUACAACGCUAACAUACAGUACAACACUUCGUACUGCGUUGGGACAGGCUAUGUCGGGUACUUCUUAUGUAUGUCCAUGUUUGCUUGGAUGUCUGUUAUGUGCUUUGAUCUUUGUUGGACGUUUCUCAGAGCUAAGGUUCCACGAAAAGGAUCUCCAAAUCUCAAGUUUUCAAUCUACAGUCUUGUAGCCUGGGGGUUCGGAGGUUUGAUGACUUUACUGCUUCUGAUAGUGCAGAAACUGGAGAUAUCCCCUCUACCAAAUGUUGGAAUUGAUACUUGCUUUUUAUCUGAGGAGGCCCAGGGACUGUACCUGCAUCUACCCGUGUUUAUCCUGAUGCUGAUCAACGGAUUCUUGUUCUGUCUAACCAUCAUUAGUCUUGUCAGGUCUCGAAUGAGUACACAGAUGGCGCGACGGGUUCGGCAGAAUAUCCAGAGCUCUGGGUUAGCUCCCGGAGCUAGGAGAGCUGGGGUAGGAUCUGGAGGAUCAGGACACUUGGAGAAAAGGAUUCAGAACGUUGUAUCUAGGAUUAACACAGACAGCAAGGAACAACUGUUACUGUACACUAAACUGUUCACUGUGAUGGGGGUACUAUGGAUGGCAGAAUGUGUACAUUAUCUUCUACACCGAGAACACAAGAAGAAUGAGUGCUUCACGCUGGUUGAGUUUAUAUUCAGAUUGUUUGGCUGCAUCAACCUUCUCCGCGGAUUUCUCUUCUUCAUCAUCUUUGUGUGCAAAACCUCUACACUAAACAAGGUUGGGAACCUAAGUAUCUGUGGGUACAAGCUAGAGUUCCUGAAAACAAAGCAAACUGUACAGUUUGAGAGCUGCAUCAGUAACAGAAGCCUCAUCACAACAAACAGAAUGGAUUCCGAGCAAGGGAUGAGUAUGGUGGUUCUAAAGCAGAACUUUGAUUAGUUUAAAUCAGAUAUUUAUGAGAAAUUUCAUAAAAAGGAGACGAGCGGGAUAAAGUGUAAAUUUGAAGUGACAAAUAUAGUAAAAAUAUGUUACACUGUGUAUUUGUACCUCCUAAUUUAUAUAAUAUGUAAAUCUUACUAAAAAACUGAGAAUUUUCAUAAACUAAUAUGUAAGUAAAUUAAAGUUAUUUAAUUUGUUUUCAUUUUAAGAACUUGUUUUUUUUCAAAUUUUUAUUUCUGAGAAAGAAAUUCUAGAUUUUGCUAAACUUAAUGUGAAAACAUUUGAAACAUGUCUAAAGUCAAGUUUAAACAUUCUUUAUAUUUACAAUACUGUACAACAGUACAUAGUGCAACACAUCACACAUACAGUACAUCAAGUACCCUCUUUCAUAUAUUUGUUAAAAGGACUGUAAGGGAAAAUCCAAGUGACCCUCAAUGCAAAGAUAACCUUUAUCUGUUCAAUAAUGUGGAAGAUAUUGUCGUUUUUCUAAGUUUAAAAGUGUUCAUACUUUUUUGUACACUUGCAACGUAGAAAUGCGCAGAAAGUUUGUUUUUGAAAUUAUAGAUAUUAAUAUCUAAUUGAUACUUGAUCAGAGAAAGCAAAGGGUAAACUGUCGGGAAUCAGGUAUCGACAUUUUUGCAUUAAAGGUCACCUGGCUGUAACAACGCUUACAGUAUCUUUAAGUGUUAAUGUGUUUGUAUUGUGACUUUAUUGUCUAUAACCCAAUAUUUGGUUUGACCCUAAAAUACUUGCAAGAGCAAACCCUCAAGCAACCCCCCCCCCCCCGCCCCUCCCUCUCAGAAAUGAGUAUUAGAGAUAGGUAUAGUUUUUGUGAACGAACACAAUAUUUCAGAAGAAACGAUCAAAAAAUCAUUUUUAAAUUGUUCGUGAUUUUUUCUUAACUUACAAUUUAUGUGAACACGUUUCAGAAUGAACAAGCGAUUUUACUGAACAAACGAGCUUAGUAAACAAACUAUUUGAAUGAACAAACGAUCUUACUGAACGAACUAUUUUACUGGAAAAAGGAUUUCACUGAACGAACUAUUUUACUGGACAAAUGAUUUCACUGAACUGACGAUUUUGGUGAACAAACAAUUUUUCUGAAAGAACGGGAUAUUGAGCAUAGAAGGAAAAUUACGGAUGAUUUUGAAAGUGAACGAAUUCCAAUUUGUCUGAAAAACUGAAAAAAAUAGGUCGUUAACAAAUGAUGAAGAACAUAAUUGAAAGAAAGCCGAACGCGCCAAUAUAUUUAUAUCAUUAAACAAUUUAAAUCGGAAUCUGUAUAUUUGUGAAGAUUAAUACCCCUAAAAUUUAAAUCCCUAAUAUUCAAAGUCAUAAUUUGCUAGAAUAGAUAUCUAAAUCAACUAUUUUUCUAUUUAGACCCUAUUCCAAUUUUUACAAGCCUCUUGGAAAAAGUCUUUACAACUAUUUAUUAUAACAUAUUUUGUUGUAUAACUGUAGAUUCGAUAUUUCUUGUAUUUUUGACCCCCCCCCCUCCCCUCCAGCACAUUUGGGGUCCCUGAAAAGAAACAAAGUUAAAAUAUUAAGAAUUUCUUAUUAACAAUAAAAUUCGUUUUCAUACUUGUAAAACAUGUAUCCCCGUCCAAACCGGAAAUAACCCAACAUAUCUGUAAAAAUUGAAUUUUAAUAGAAUUUUAUAAAAAAAAAUGUUUCCGGUUCCUCUCUCUCUCUCUGUUAUUGUUCAUGUUGUGAAAAUUUGAGAUAAAACGAAUUUGUCAGAAAGCUUAUAAUACAAGUUGAAAUUACACUUACAGUCCCUAUAAACUUGAUUGUAUCAGAAUAGCUUUUGUGAUUCUUUGAGCCAGGCAGGAUUAUUUCUAUCCACGUGGUGUUGGUAGUUACUGCAAUUCACUAUAAAUCUUGUUGAAUUUGAACGCCGGAAAAAAAACGAUUUAUAUUCUGAAAAAUAAAGUUAUUUGUAUUCUA